AUUCCUAAACAAUUCCAUGUUAGCGGUCUACCUGGUUCAUGUCAAAGCUGUGGAUGAAGCAAAUUUUAACGCAUGCGUAAUAUAAGCGGCUCAUCUCAAACCACCGCCCGGUUCAAGAAGAAGAAGUUUUGGUUGUGGAUAUUCCAACUUUUUUAGCAAUCCACAAAAAACUAUUGCAAACAUAGAAAAUAUUUUAUAUAUUAAAAGAUGCAGACGAUAAAGUGCGUUGUGGUUGGAGAUGGAGCUGUGGGAAAAACAUGCUUGCUUAUAUCAUAUACAACUAAUAAAUUUCCAAGCGAAUACGUACCCACUGUGUUUGAUAAUUAUGCUGUCACAGUGAUGAUUGGUGGUGAACCAUACACUUUAGGUCUUUUUGAUACAGCAGGACAAGAAGACUAUGACAGAUUGAGACCAUUGUCAUAUCCUCAAACAGACGUGUUUCUCGUCUGCUUUUCUGUAGUUGCACCGUCGUCAUUUGAAAAUGUGAAAGAAAAAUGGGUUCCUGAAAUUACUCAUCAUUGUCCCAAGACACCAUUCCUCCUGGUUGGCACGCAAGUGGAUCUAAGGGACGAUGCAGCGAUCGUGGAAAAACUAGCCAAAACGAAACAGAAACCAAUUUCGUCAGAGCAAGGAGAUAAAUUAGCACGAGAAUUAAAAGCUGUGAAAUUUGUUGAAUGUUCCGCCCUAACGCAGAAGGGCUUAAAGAACGUUUUUGAUGAAGCCAUAUUGGCUGCGCUUGAGCCACCAGAGCAGCCGAAAAAGAAAAAGUGUCUAAUACUCUGAGUGGACGCUGAUUGUAUAUAUAUACCUAUCUAUAUAUAGAUGAUGAUGCCACCACACAUUACCUUCGCGUAAAAAAAGGAUUCUCCAUGUUUUUUGUAAGUAAACUGUAAACAAAACUCUACUAUUUUCCAUUCAUAUUCACUGUUGUAGCUUCGUUUUUUUUGGUUUGGGGGUAAUAUGUGGUGCAUACGUUACGAACAGAUGAUAUCUUUAAGGUGUGGUCAGAGCCCCCUUCUAGGUGAACAAUAACUAAGUGAUAUCGACUCCGUAUAGAUUUUUAAUAAUGGUUUCGAAAUGAAUGGAAUUGUCUAAGCCAUAAAUAAUGUAUAAUUUUUAUAAUUCCGCAUAAAGUGGAAAUUAUUUGUGUAACAUGAGCGCUAUUUGUAAGUGAUUUUUUUAAGAAAAACCAUCGCUGAUAAAAUCAAAUUAUUCUCCAGCUUUCUUGUUUUGUAUUUUUUAUCCGUUAGUAUUUUUUCAUGAACACUGCACCUCAAAUUUCCUUAAAUGAAGGUGGAUUUUUGACUUCUAUUUGCUUGUGCGUAUGGAUAAGACAUACAUUGAUGUGUAAAUAAAUUUAUUUCUAGUUAGCACGUUAUUAAUAUGACCGAAAAGAUACUAUUCUCUCCUUCUUGGAGGUGAACCUCCUCUGUUGUGCUCCACGUUUAUCAGCAGUUGUUUUCUACGAUAUGUUGUGCUUAAACGUUCUACCGUUAUGAUUUUUAUGUUUAAAUUAUACAAACAAAAAUUAGUUGUAACUAAAAAAUGGACGCUACAGCUCUUGGUGCAAUGGAAUAAAAAACAGUAAUAAAA